AUGGAUAAAUUAACUGUGAUAUCUGGUACUCUAUUUAUGGCAGCUGAUGUAUUUGCCAUUGUGAGUUUAGCAAUGCCAGAUUGGAUAAUAACAGACGUCGGAGGUGAUACAAGACUGGGAUUAAUGUGGUCAUGUAUAACACUUUAUAACCGACCUCAAGUAUGCUUUACACCAGAUCUUCAGCCUGAAUGGUUGUUAGCCUUAAUAUGCAUAUUCAUAGGAUGUAUUUGUAUUACAACAACUGUUAUCCUAUUAGCAUCAAGUCAUUUCGACAGAAACGUUAUACCAUAUGCACGAUGGGUGGGGUUUGCUGCAAUGGUAGUAUUUUGUCUCGCAGCUGUUAUUUUCCCUAUGGGCUUCCAUGUGGAUGAGAUUGGAGGUCAGCCGUACCAACUUCCAAACAGUCAUCAAGUUGGAAUAUCAUAUAUACUUUUUGUAUUAUCCCUGUGGAUAACAGUUAUAUCUGAACUCUUCGCUGGAAAAGUCUGUUUACCACAUUUUUAA